AUGCUGAGCAGCAAGCUGAAUCACAAGUUCGGGGCUGCCCGCUGUUCUUGCAGCUCCAGGCAGCCCCUAGCAUGCCGGGCAGCAGGCGCAGCCGGCAGCAGCGGCGCUGUCGACUCGCAGCAGCAGCAGCAGCAGCAGCAGCAGCAGCAGCAGCAGCAGCAGCAUGACGAGCAGCAGCAGCAGGAGCAGCAGUCCUCGCGCCGCGCGCAUUCUUGCGGCGUCAUCGACGUGACGCGCCGCUCCGUGGUCCUCAUCGCGCCGGUCGCUGCCGCGCUGGCGGUGGCCGCGGGGCCCGCGCGCGCGGCCGGCGAGAUGCCAGACCCCGAGGACUCGUGCAGGGAGUGUGCUGGCAUCGGCAUCAUCAAUUGCGACAUGUGCGGCGGCACCGGCAAGUGGCGCGCCCUCAGCCGCAAGCGAGCCAAGGACAACUACGAGUUCGUGGAGUGCCCCCAGUGCUACGGCCGCGGGGCGCGCGUGUGCGGCCGCUGCUUCGGCACGGGGCUGAAGAACGUGCGCGGCCUGCUGCGGCGCCCGGAGGCGACCCUGCUGGUGCAGAAGAUGCAGAAUGGGGAGCUCAAGCCCGGAGCGCUUCCGGCACGAUGGGUGGCGGCGCGGCCAGCGCACAGCGUUACACAGCGCAACACCUUGGAUGAGAUGUUCGGCGGCGCAUUCCAGUUUGCACAUCCCCACAACUGA